UUUUCUGCCGACCGUCACUACUGAGUCCUGACACAAUAAUUAAUUUCUAGCGGUUUCGGUCUCUCUCUCUCUGGAGCCAUCUCUCUCCCUCUCUGUGAGAGAGGCAUUGAAGGGGAAGCGAUAGGCAUGGUGGGGGAGUCAAGGAGAUGGAUGAUACUGGUGGCAACAACAUGGAUUCAGGCCUUCACAGGAACAAACUUAGACUUCUCAUCAUACUCUUCACAUCUGAAAUCAGUGCUGGGGAUUUCACAGCUUCAACUCAACUAUCUCUCUGUGGCAUCUGAUCUGGGCAAGGCUUUUGGGUGGUGUUGUGGGGUCUCUCUCUUGUAUUUGCCUCUCUGCCUCCUCCUCUUCAUGGCUGCUUUCAUGGGCCUCCUUGGCUAUGGCCUCCAAUGGCUCCUCAUCCAAAGACUCAUCUCCUUGCCUUAUGUUCUGGUUUUUCUUAUCUGCCUGUUGGCUGGGUGUAGCAUCUCCUGGUUCAACACUCUAUGUUAUGUCCUAUGCAUCCAACAUUUUCCCAGCAAUCGACCACUGGCAUUAUCCCUAACCACCGGUUUCAAUGGUGUAAGUGCAGCAUUAUACACCCUCAUCGCCAAUGCCAUAAACCCUCACAAUGACAGCCUCUACCUCUCCCUAAAUGCCCUAGUUCCUCUUGUCAUAUCUACCCUGGCCCUUGUGCCAAUCCUCCGCCAACCCCCUCCUCAGAACUUCUCUAGUGAUACCGUCCGAAGUGACUCUCUCAUAUUCCUCCUCCUCAAUGGUAUUGCAGUUUUUACAGGUCUCUAUCUCCUCCUCCUGGAUUCAUUGUCUUAUAAUACUUAUAAUGUAUCAGUGGCCCGUAUCCUUCUUGGCGGGGCUAUACUUCUCCUUGUCCUCCCCUUGUCUCUACCUGGGAUCAUCUAUUCUCAUGGUUGGGCAGGUCAAACCUCCCAUUCAAGUUCCAACAUGGGGGAGGUAGAAUUCCUUGAGCUUCAGAAGGAACUCAUUGGAAGUAGGGCUACAAACAUGAGUUUUAACUCUACAAGCACAGAUGAUUAUCCUACAAGCAUGGAUGAUGAUCAUUCUACAAGCACGGCUGAUUACUCAAAUGAUAUUGCAUACAGUGCCCAAGAGAAGCAAGGGUGUUGUGAGGUUGUGACUCGGAAGGAUCAGUUAAUGAGGCUAGGUGAGGAGCACCCUGCUUGGGUGUUGGUCCGCAGGUGGGAUUUCUGGCUAUAUUAUAUAGCAUACCUCUGUGGGGGAACGAUUGGGCUAGCUUACAGUAAUAACCUAGGGCAGAUUUCAGAAUCACUAGGAUACAGUUCAGAGACUAAUACGAUUGUCACACUCUACUCAGCAUGCUCAUUCUUUGGACGUUUGCUUUCAGCUGCACCAGACUUUCUGAAAAAUAAGGUGUACUUUGCGAGGACAGGGUGGCUUGCGGUAGCCCUUUUGCCGACACCUCUUGCCUUCUUUUGGCUUGCUCUGUCUGGCAGCAAGAUAGCAUUGCAUGCAGGCACGGGCUUGAUUGGGCUUAGCUCUGGGUUCGUAUUUGCAGCAGCUGUGUCUAUCACAUCAGAACUAUUUGGGCCUAACAGUACCGGGGUCAACCACAACAUCCUCAUCACAAACAUCCCACUUGGCUCGCUCCUUUAUGGCCUGCUGGCAGCUCUAGUGUAUGAUUCUAAUAUAGAAAGUUCAAAACAAAAGGUCUUGAUUGGGGAAGCAAUGGUGUGCAUGGGAAGGCAAUGCUACCAGCAGACUUUUUUUUGGUGGGCAUGCAUUUCCUUGUUGGGUUUAGCUUGUAGUUUCUCACUUUUUCUUCGAACUAGACCUGCUUAUGACCAUUUUGAAAGAAAUCGGAAACAGAGGGAAUCAGAAUUCUUUUAGAUACC